AUGAGAAACCACGGCAUUGUCCCCGAGUUUGUCCUCCUCGGGUUGUCUGCUGGUUCCCAGACCCAAGCUCUGCUCUUUGUGCUGUUCCUGGUGAUUUACCUCCUGACUGUGAUGGGAAACCUGCUGCUGCUGCUGGUGGUUAAUGCUGAUUCUCGUUUCCACACACCCAUGUACUUCUUCUUGGGACAAUUGUCCUUCUUGGAUCUCUGCCAUUCCUCUGUCACUGUACCUAAGCUGUUGGAGAACCUCCUGUCUGAGAAGAAAACCAUCUCAGUAGAGGGCUGCAUGGCUCAGGUCUUCUUCGUGUUUGCCACUGAGGGCACUGAAUCCUGCCUGCUUGCUGUGAUGGCCUAUGACCACUAUGUUGCCAUCAGCUCUCCUUUGCUCUAUGGCCAAGUGAUGAACAGACAGCUGUGUGCAGGGCUGGUGGGGGGCUCAUGGAGCUUGGCUUUUCUGGAUGCCCUCAUCAAUAUCCUUGUAGCUCUCAAUUUAGACUUCUGUGAGGCUGAAAAUAUCCACCACUUCAGCUGUGAGCUGCCCUCUCUCUAUCCUUUGUCUUGCUCUGAUGUGUCUGCAAGUUUUACCACCCUGCUCUGCUCCAGCAUCCUGCAUUUCUUUGGAAAUUUUCUCAUGAUAUUCUUGUCUUAUAUUUGCAUUUUGUCCACGAGGAUCAGCUCCACUACAGGCAGAAGCAAAGCCUUCUCCACCUGCUCCUCCCACCUCACUGCAGUGAUUUUCUUUUAUGGCUCUGGAUUACUCCACGAUCUCAUGCCAAAUUCAGGAUCCAUUCAAGAGUUGAUCUUCUCCUUGCAGUACAGCGUGAUCACUCCCAUGCUGAAUCCCCUCAUCUACAGCCUGAAGAACAGGGAGGUGAAGGCAGCUGUGAGAAGAACAUUGAGAAAAUAUUUCUAG